GGGCUUUGUUAGUCGCCGAGUGCGGCCUCCUCACGACCGCCGUAGACGCCCCCGCGGCGGAUCUGAUGUUCGUCAAAGCACAAGGCCCGAAGUUUAGGAAAGCGCGGAAACUCCUCAAGUGGGAGGACGGCACGUUCCUCGACGCGAUCGCGUUCAUGGCCACGGAGUUGUCCGUGUCUUUCGACGAGGUCGCGAUGAAGGUUGCGCGGUACGGCCCCGCGCCGUCCGAGCUCGCCGCGGAGGGCGGCGUCGUGAAAGGAUUCUCCUCGGUGAACCCGCAAGUCGGGGUGUUCUUCUGCGUCCUCCUCGCGCUGCAGUACGCCGCGCAGCCGUUCCUCAUCAAGAGCUUCAUCCCGGAGAACGUGAACAAAGUUUCCCUCGUUUUCGCGUGCGAGUGCGUCAAGAUCGUGAUCGCGUUGGUCAUCAUGAUCGGCGAAGGGAGCUUGAAGGCGAACUUUAAAAACUGGACCCCGAAGGUCGGGCUCCUGUCCGUCGUCCCCGCGGUCGUGUACGCGGGCCAAAACUUCCUGCUGCAGACCGCGUACGGGUCCAUGGACUCGGUGACGUUCAACUGCCUGAACCAAACGAAGCUCGUGUCCACGGCGUUGUGCGUGUACUUGUUCUUCGGCGUCCGCCAGAGCUUCACGCAAGUCGUCGCGCUCGGGGGCUUACUCCUCGCCGGGGUGAUGCUCUCGAUGGACGAGACCGGCGUCGAGACCGGCGUUGGCGUCGCCGCGGUUCUCACCGCGUCCGCGACGUCUGGCGUGGCGUCCGCGGCGACGCAGUACUCGUUACAAGCGCACCGUCGGUCAUCGAACGCGAUGACGAUCGAGAUGGCGCUCGCGGCGAUUCCGUUCCUGAUCUCCUCCGCGGGGAUCACGAGCGUCGCGGACUUUGACGUCUUAUUCGCGAACUGGACGCGCGCCACGUGGGUGCCGGUGAUCACCUCCGCGUUCGGGGGAAUCUUCGUCGGGCAAGUCACGAAGCACCUCGGCGGCGUCGCGAAAGGGUUCGCCAUCGUCGGCGGGUUAGUUCUCACCGGGAUCGUGCAGAGCGCAGCCGUGGGCGCGCUGGAGGUGCAGCACCUCGUCGGUUUGGUUCUCGUCGCGUGGAGCACGUACGCGCACGCGGCGAACCCGCCGAAGCCGAUCGAUCGCGUGCCGCCGCCGCGUCCGGGCGGCGCGGUGUCCCCCGUGAGCUCGCCUCAAAAAAUGAAGUCCGUCUAA